CGGCAAGCCUGGGCACCCGCGUCCCCGCCCCGGCACCGGCUCGGCCAUGGCCGCCCCCGGAGAGCGCUGAUUCAGAAGGCGCCGCUCCCUCCCCCGCCGGGCCCGGCCGCCUCCCUCCUGGCCUGGUCUCUCCUCCCGCGGUCCCUCCCUCCGUCUUCCUCCUCCUCCCCUCUCUCCUCAUUUCCCUUCGCCGCCGUCUCCCCGCUGUCCCUGCCUCUCCCGGCCUGUGCGCUCCUUCCACCGCCGGCCUGCCCCGCCCGGCUCGCUGCCCUUCCCUGCCCUGGGCCUAGCCACCUUUCCCCGCCUCACCUCUGACUGUGGCCCUUCUGGCCGGGGCGGCUGAGGGGACAAGUUUGGGGCGUUUAUUAUUCUUCCUCCUAGCAACGAUGGCCAGCCCAGCCCCGAGGCAGCCGAAGGCCGUUUUGGAGCGUCGCGGGCUCCCAGGGCUUUUCAGGGUGGGCGGCCGGGGCAGUGGGUGGCCUGGCUCUGGCACAGCGGCACCACCAGGCUCUGGGGCUCGGCUUCAUUUCGCCUUAAACAGGGACCGUGGACUCCUCAGGGCGGGUCGCGGCAGGUGAUGGCAGAGUGUGAGGCCUAGGAGGGCUGGCUGGGGGCCGGAGGUGCAAUGGUGGGGUAGGCCCUGCCCGAUAGAGCACCCUGUGGUCUCCCCCAGCAGCCCUAGGGAGGGUGGGGCUGUAGAGGCCUCCUGGAGGCUUUGCUCUCUGGGGCUGCAGGGUCAUCGAAGUGCCAGCCCCUUGGCCUCCAGUGCCUGCCUGUCUGGCUGGAGCCUGGGUGCGUGGCUUAGGAAGGGCAGGGCCCCCAGAGUGAGAGGGUCCUGGCUGCCUGGAGCUGCCUUCUCCUGGUGAGGAUUUUUCUACAUCUUCCCACCUCCCUGCCCAAGGGCCAGACGGGCCCAGCCAGCACCAAGAUGAGUGCCACGUCCUGGUUCCUGGUGAGCAGCAGCGGCGCCCGCCACCGGCUCCCUCGGGAGCUCAUCUUCGUGGGGCGUGAGGAGUGUGAGCUCAUGCUACAGUCCCGCAGCGUGGACAAGCAGCAUGCCGUCAUCAACUACGACCAGGACAGGGACGAGCACUGGGUGAAGGACCUGGGCAGCCUCAAUGGGACGUUUGUGAAUGACAUGCGCAUCCCGGACCAGAAGUACGUCACGCUGAAGCUCAACGAUGUCAUCCGCUUCGGCUACGAUUCCAACAUGUAUGUGCUGGAGCGUGUGCAGCACCGAGUCCCGGAGGAGGCACUCAAGCAUGAAAAGUACACCAGCCAGCUGCAGGUGAGCGUGAAGGGUUUGGCACCCAAGAAGAGCGAGGCACUGCCGGAACACACACCAUACUGCGAGGCCUCGAACCCCAGGCCGGAGAAGGGGGACCGGAGACCAGGAACAGAGGCAGCCUCUUACCGCACACCCCUGUAUGGGCAGCCCUCCUGGUGGGGUGAGGACGAUGGUAGCACGCUGCCUGACGCCCAGCGCCAGGGAGAGCCCUACCCAGAGCGUCCCAAGGGGCCGGUGCAGCAGGACGGGGAGCUCCACGGCUUCCGCGCCCCUGCUGAGCCUCAGGGCUGCUCGUUCCGGCGGGAGCCCAGCUACUUCGAGAUCCCCACGAAGGAGACCCCGCAGCCAUCGCAGCCCCCCGAGGUGCCGGCACACGAGAUGCCCACGAAGGAUGCAGAGGCAGGUGGGGGCGGAGCGGCCCCUGUGGUGCAGAGCCACGCCUCCUUCACCAUCGAGUUUGAUGACUGCAGCCCUGGCAAGAUGAAGAUCAAGGACCAUAUCACCAAGUUUUCCCUGCGCCAGCGGCGGCCUCCGGGCAAGGAGGCCACACCUGGCGAGAUGGUGUCGGCUGAGACCAAGGUGGCCGACUGGCUGGUGCAGAAUGACCCGAGCCUGCUGCACCGGGUUGGCCCUGGGGAUGACCGCCACAGCACCAAGAGCGACCUGCCUGUCCACACCCGCACCCUGAAGGGCCACAAGCACGAGGACGGCACGCAGAGUGACUCAGAGGACCCCCUGGCCAAGGCGGCCUCGGCCGCCGGGGUGCCCUUGGAGGCCAGCGGGGAGCAGGUGCGGCUGCAGAGGCAGAUCAAGCGGGACCCCCAGGAGCUACUACAUAACCAGCAGGCCUUUGUCAUCGAGUUCUUCGACGAGGACACGCCCCGAAAGAAGCGCUCCCAGUCCUUCACACACAGCCCGUCCGGGGACCCCAAGGCCGACAAGCGCCGUGGCCCAACGCCGGCCGAUAGGGACCGCCCCAGUGUCCCAGCCCCAGUCCAGGCAGGGGGCCGCAGCUCAGGGCCACAGAGGGCCGGCUCGCUCAAGCGGGAGAAGACAGAGGAACGGCUGGGCAGCCCCUCGCCCGCCUCCCGAACCCCUGCCCGCCCCUUUGGAAGCGUGGGGCGCCGCUCCCGCCUGGCCCAGGACUUCAUGGCCCAGUGUCUGCGGGAGAGCUCCCCGGCCGCCCGGCCCAGCCCCGAGAAGGUUCCUCCGGUGCUGCCCGCUCCCCUGACACCCCGUGGGACCAGCCCCGUGGGCCCCCCGACCCCACCGCCCGCCCCCACAGACCCCCAGCUGACCAAGGCACGGAAACAGGAGGAGGACGACAGCCUCAGUGACGCAGGGACAUACACCAUCGAGACUGAGGCGCAGGACACGGAGGUGGAGGAGGCCCGGAAGAUGAUCGACCAGGUCUUUGGGGUGUUGGAGUCCCCUGAACUCUCCAGGGCAUCUUCGGCCACCUUCCGCCCGGUCAUCAGAGGGGACAGAGAUGAGUCUGAUGAUGGGGGCGUGGCCCAGCGGAUGGCGCUACUGCAGGAGUUUGCGUCCCGGCCACUGGGUGCGGCCCCCCAGGUGGAGCACCAGGGCCUCCCGGUGCCGGGCUCCCCUGGGGGUCAGAAGUGGGUGUCCCGCUGGGCCAGCCUGGCUGACAGCUACUCAGACCCGGGCCUCACAGAGGAUGGCCUGGGACGUAGAGGUGGGGAGCCGGAGGGGUCCCUGCCUGUGCGCACGCGGCGACGGCUCCCUCAGCUGCCCAGUGAGAGGGCUGACAGCCCUGCGGGCCCAGAGAGCAGCAGGAGGAGUGGGCCUGGGCCACCGGAGCUGGGCAGUGAGCAGCCCAGCCGCCUCUUCGGCCAGGAGGAGUUGGAUCCUGACAGCCUCAGCGAUGCCAGUGGGUCGGACGGGGGCCGAGGCCCCGAGCCAGGGGUGGAGCCACAGGACAGCAGACGCAGGAGCCCCCAGGAGGGGCCCACGUGGAGCAGGGGUCAGCGCUCACCAAGGGCCCCCGGGGAGCCAACUCCCACCUCUUUCUUCAUUGGGGACCAGAAUGGGGACGCUGUGUUACCUAGGAAACCGCUUGCGGCUCCAGGGGAUGGGGAGGGCCUAGGGCAGACAGCCCAGCCCAGCCCCCCAGCACGGGAUGGAGUCUAUGUCAGUGCCAAUGGGAGAAUGGUCAUCCAGCUACGGCCUGGACGGUCCCCAGAACCCGACGGCCCUGCCCCAGCCUUUCUCCGGCAAGAGAGCUUCACUAAGGAGCCAGCCAGUGGUCCCCCAGCGCCCGGCAAGCCCCCCCACAUCUCCAGCCACCCGCUUCUACAGGACCUGGCUGCUACCCGGGCUGCACGCAUGGACUUCCACUCCCAGGACACCCACCUGAUCUUGAAGGAGACGGAGACGGCCCUGGCGGCCCUGGAGGCCCGACUCCUCUCCAAUUCUGUGGAUGCCGAGUGUGAGGGGGGCAGCACCCCGAGGCUGCCGGAGGAUGCCCUGUCUGGGGACUCGGACGUGGACACAGCCAGCACCGUCAGCCUGCGUAGUGGCAAGAGCGGGCCCAGCCCCACAACCCACCAGCCUCUGCGGGCACAGAAGGAGAUGUCGCCAUCCCCACCAGCUGCACAGGACCCAGGAGGCACCGCCCUGGGCAGUGCCCAUGAGCAGUCCUCAGAGAGGCAGCAUCACCCACUUGGCCCAACGGACAUGGGCUGUGGAGAGCCGGUACGGCGCUCAGCCAUAAGGCGUGGGCACAGGCCCCGAGGGUCCCUGGAUUGGCCCAGUGAGGAGCGUGGCCCUGUCCUCGCCCACCUACCCGGCUCAGAUGUGAUGGCCUCCAACCAUGAAACCCCUGAGGCCACCGGGGCAGGACGGCUAGGGUCUCGCCGGAAACCAGCGGCCCCACUGCCAUCCCCGGCUGCCCGGGAGGAGCAGAGCCGUAGCUCAGCCAGCUCCCAGAAGGGGCCACAGGCCUUGACCCGCUCCAACAGCCUGUCCACCCCUCGCCCCACACGGGCCUCCCGGCUGAGGCGGGCCCGGCUGGGGGACGCUUCAGACACUGAGGCUGCGGAUGGUGAGCGGGGGUCCCUGGGCAACCCUGAGCCUGUGGGCCGGCCAGCUGCUGAGCAGGCCAAGAAGCUGUCACGCUUGGACAUCCUGGCCAUGCCCCGGAAGCGGGCCGGCUCCUUCACAGGGACUAGUGACCCCGAGGCAGCCCCUGCCCGCACCAGCUUCUCUGGUCGCAGUGUGGAGUUGUGCUGUGCCAGCCGCAAGCCCACCAUGGCCGAAGCACGGGCUGUCGCCAGGAAGGCUGCCAACACAGCCACCACCACGGGUCCCCGCCAGCCCUUCAGCAGGGCCCGCUCGGGCAGUGCCCGAUACACCUCCAACACGAGGCGCCGGCAGCAGGGCUCGGAUUACACGUCCACCUCUGAGGAGGAGUACGGCUCCCGCCACGGCUCCCCCAAACACACACGCUCCCACACCUCAACAGCCACUCAGACCCCGAGGGCUGGCAGCUCCAGCCGGGCUCGUUCCCGGGCCCCCGGCCCCCGGGACACGGACGACGAUGAGGAGGAGCCUGACCCUUAUGGUUUCAUCGUGCAGACGGCAGAGAUUGCGGAGAUUGCCAGGCUGAGCCAGACGCUGGUGAAGGACGUGGCCAUCCUAGCCCAGGAGAUCCACGAUGUGGCUGGGGACGGUGACACACUGGGCUCCUCGGAGCCUGCCCACAGCGCCUCCCUCAGCACCAUGCCCAGCACCCCCGCCUCGACCAUCUCUGCCCGGGAGGAGCUGGUGCAGCGCAUCCCCGAGGCCAGCCUCAACUUCCAGAAGGUGCCGCCCGGCUCGCUGAACUCUCGGGACUUUGACCAGAACAUGAACGACAGCUGUGAGGACGCCCUGGCCAAUAAGACGCGGCCUCGGAACCGAGAGGAGGUGAUCUUCGAUAACCUGAUGCUGAACCCGGUGUCCCAGCUGUCGCAGGCCAUCCGUGAGAACACAGAGCACCUUGCCGAGAAGAUGAAGAUCCUCUUUCAGAACACAGGGAGAGCCUGGGAGGACCUGGAAGCCAGGAUCAAUGCCGAGAACGAGGUGCCCAUCCUGAAGACAUCUAACAAGGAAAUCAGCUCCAUCUUGAAGGAACUGAGGCGGGUGCAGAAACAGCUGGAAGUUAUCAACGCCAUCGUGGACCCCAGUGGGAGCCUGGACCUGCUCACAGGAAACAGGAGCUUGGCCAGCUCUGCACAGCCGGGGCUGGGGAAGGGCCGCGUGGCUGCCCAGAGCCCACCCUCACCCGCCUCAGCCGAGGCCCUGCUGCCAGCCCUGCCCCUGAGGAAUUUCCCACAGCGGGCCAGCUGUGGGCCUCCCAGCCUCCCGGACCCCACCUUCCUCCCUGAUGCCGAGAGGUUCCUGAUCUAGGCCCCAGACCUGGCCAGGCCAGCCUCCCUGUGCGUGUGCGUCUCUGCCUUCCGUCCGCCGCACGCCCGCCUGCCUGGCCGCAGGUGGUUCUCCCUGAAGACCCCCACAUGUGCCAUAUCCCUGUGGGCGGGUGCCUCCCACGCCCUUGCCCCCUUGUCAGCUCCCAGCCAGCACCCUACUCACCCUGUCCAGCCCCAUGGCCACCCCCACCCCUGCCUCGCCCCCUAUAGGCCUCUGGGCCCAGCUCCUGGCCAGGCUGCUGCCAAGGUCAAGCCCUCAAGGGCAUUACCCCACCUCCUCUUCAUCACUGUUAUUUCUGUCUUUAGCUUUAAAGGAAAGAGUUGUUGGUGCCAUUGCAGGUGCCCCCUCCAGGCCUGACUGGCUCUGCCAGGCACUAACCUGCCAUAUCCCUUUGUGCUGGCCUGCGGCCAGGCAGAGGAAGAGAGGUCGACUGUGGGGUCAUUUGGUGCCAAACAUGGAGGUGGGCAGGCUCACCUGUUCCUGGGACUGUCUGAGGUGGCAGGGCACUUGCCCUGGUGGCUCCCACCUGACCCCAGGCCUUUUAUAGGCAGGAGCCCCACUGCUUCCAGCCUUUGGUGCCAACACAGUUGCCAAACCCACUGAGCUUGGGGCUGCCCCGUGGAGCCCUCCUUGGUAUGGACCAGGGGCUUGUUGAGAGCUGAGCCAUGCACACAGGUGCAGACACCCCCCCACUCCCAUGCACACGGCUAGUCCAGGCGCCUCCAUGCUGCACCGUGAGGACUGCAGGGCAUGUCCCCGUGAGGGGCUAUGGGCCUCUGUACUUGGGCUUCCAAGGGCCUGGGUGCAGCCGGGUGCGUGGCAGCCCUUCUGGCGGGGGUGAGCGCACGACCAAAGUCACUGGAAGCCGGGUUUCUGGAAGCUGGCAGCUUGGCCUGCACCACACGCCCUCCCCUUUUGGCUUCACGCCAUCAGGCCUCAAGUGGGCAUGGGGGCAGGGACGGGCCCAGGAACUGUUGUUUUCUCAGGAUUCUUUCAGCUGGGAACAUGGCAGGUGAGCAGAGCUUGGUCCCUCUGCCGUGGCCCCUGCUGGGGCAGCCCGUGUUGCCGGAGCCUCUAAGCCAAAGAGCCCGUUGGCCGUGGUUGGUGGGGGUGGACGUGGGGGUGUCCCACCUGGACCAGACUGGCGUGGGUGAGCUCCACCCCCUGCCUGGCAUUGGUAUGAGAGUCGGACCUGGACAGGGCCAGCUGCUGGGGGAGCGGCACUAGGGACUGGAGGCUGGAAGCGGGUGGUGUGUGUCCCCUGUUUACUUUUAGCUGAUCUGGGGUUGGGUGUACGGGUUCUGUUCCUCUGAGCCCUGCGGCCCACCUGAUGUUUACGUGUGUGUGUGAGGGGGGGCGGGGGUGGCAGGUGUCCCCCCCUGGUCCCCGCCCCAAGAGCCUGCUGUCUGUAUGGAGGAGGUGCUAGUCCGGUCCACCGGGCUGCUGCCCACCCCUGCAUGCCCCAGUUGCCCACCCCGCCUGCCCCUGGACAUGAAGUGGUCACGCUUCAUCCACGGCUCCUUCCCACCCCUUGGCAGUGGCUGUGCAAUGUUUUAGGUUCACAAGUUCCUGCUCCUCCCCACACUGAGCUCCUUUGUUCCUCCCCCUCCAGCCUUUGCCUGGGAACUGGUCCUUGUUUGCCGGGCUUCUCGGAGGGUUCACUGUACAUUCGUUCUCAGGUGGUCUUGUGGCUGUCUUUCGGAAAAUGGUUAUUUUAUAUGAUUUGUCAUGGAAUUUGUUCUAAUAAAUCAUUCUUCUAUCACAUGGCA